AUGGACUCAAUAUCCAAGCGGAAACUUAAUGAGACCGAAGGGGAUCAGCAAAUUGAGUCGGUCUCCAAGCAACGGAAGGUAAUCGGACCCUGUCUACCCCCGUCUCAGGAUGCGGCCCACACCAUGAACAGCAAGACUGGCAGUGACAGUGAUGACGACGACGACGACGAUGAUGAUUUUGGCCCAAGUCUUCCUCCGUCUGCUCCAUUGGAAGAUUUUACGCAACCAGAGCCUAAGAUUACCAAUACAGCGGAUGUGCCCAGCUCGGAGGAAAAGGAAAGCCAGCGAGAUCAAUGGAUGCUGCAACCUCCUACCCAUUCCGAUUGGGCUUCCAAGGUCGACCCCACACAGCUACGAAACCGCAAGUUCAAUACAGGCAAAGCCGCUUCGGCGCCCAAACACAUGGAUUCUUCAUGGGUCGAAACUCCAGAGGAGCGCAUGAGGCGGCUACAGGAUGCAGUCAUGGGCGUUAGUUCUUCCACACACCAGGCCACGAAUCAGGUUGGUUCUUCAAAGACAAAAUUGGUGGCAGAGAAAAUUCAGAAGUACAAGGACAUAACUGGAAAGGCGGCUCGCCUGGAAACUUCAGGUCAGGCUCAAAAAGAGGACGAUGAUCCAAGUGGGCGUGCAUUCGAUCGCGAGAAGGACAUGGCAGUUUCAUCGAAGAUAUCUAAUGCCCAGCGCCGGGAAAUGGUAAAAAAGGCUGCGGAUUAUAGCACACGGUUCACGCAAGGAAACUUCCUAUGA